AUGGGAUUGAAGGGUUUUGAUGACGAUAGGCAAGAUCCGGAUUUGGAUGCUAUUCACACUCUGAUUUCUGGUGGUGAGAUAGUGAAGGAUUGGACUACGCAUGCAGAUGGAGGUCUAUGGUUUAAGGGUUUGUUGGUUGUUCCCACCAUUUGUCGGGAGGAUGUUCUAUGGGAGUUUUAUACUUCCCGCUUUGCAGUUUAUCCGGGUGGUACUAAGAUGUAUCACAAUUUAAGACAUCAGUAUUGGUGUAAUGGAAUGAAGAAGGAUGUUGCACAGUUUAUGGCUAGGUGCCUUGCCUGUCUUCCUAGAUCACGGAAGGGAAAUGAAGCCGCAUGGGUCAUUAUUAAUAGAUUGAUCAAAACGGCUCACUUUUUGCCCAUUAAGGCAACAGAUAACGCGGAGGCACUUGGUGUUCUUUAUGUGAAAGAGAUUGUGAGGUUGCACGGAGUUCCAGUGGCUAUUGUUUCAAAUAGGGAUGCCAAGUUUACUUCGAGGUUCUGGGAAGGACUUUAG